AUGUCGGCCGCUAACGUACCCGAGGCACUCAAGACCAUCACCCCCUUCCUCCAACGAGCAGCCCAGCUCCAGGAACGAGAACCCGUCGUCUCCUAUUACUCAAACUACUAUGCGGCAAAGCUAGCGAUUCAAAAGGCGUCCAAGGACAACAGCUGCAGACCAUUCAUCGUUGAACUCUUGGACGUGCUGGAAAAGCAAAGGAAGGAUAUGGGAGAGAAUGAGGCGAUUACCAGCGAACUCGUAGGAUAUGCCCAUGUUGAGAACUUUGCCAUCAAGAUCUUUGGUAAAGCCGACGACGAGGAUCGUGCCGGACAGGGUUCCCAAAAGACUGCCAAGAACUUUGUAGCCGCAGCGAAUUUCUUAGAGUUGCUCAAGGUGUUCGGCGACAUUGACUCAGAGGUCGAGGAAAAGAUCAAGUACGCCAAAUGGAGAGCCGCAGAUAUCGUCAAGGCCAUCCGUGACGGACGUCAGCCUGCACCCCCACCUGGCGCCAAUAUUAACAAUAACAACAACGACCAACCCAAUCAGGAUUUCAUUGACACUUCUUCGUUGUCUGGAUUCGAUACUUCUGCUUCAGGUGCAGCAGCGACGAAUGCGUUUUCGCCACCUUCUGCUGCUGCCACGUUCUCCCCUCCCGUGCAACCACCACAACAGCCUGCUGGAGGACCCGCUUUUCCCACGAUCUCCAAUUUCCCCUCGCCUCCUUUGGGACACUCCGCCAGCACCUUGAACAACAAUGAUAACACCAACAACUAUAACAACAACACUGGGUUCAAUGGCUCAAUUGGAGGAGACAGUAUCAACAAUAACAACAGCUGGAAUCAGUCAGGCGUGAGUCCAAACUUGAACCAAGGGCAGGUUCCCUACAACAACAACCCUGCAGGAUCACCUCCAGUCCAUCAUCAACAACAGCCUCAACAACCACAACAACCCCAGUUCCCCCCUUCCAACUACAACAAUAUCCAGCCUACGUUGCCAGUGUCGCCUAUUCCUCCCGCCACACAGUACUCGCCCUACCAGCCUCCGGCACCGGCACCAGCACCGGCACCUGUCUCUAACCCAUACACUCCUCAACCUCAGCAACCCUUCGGAGGAGGUUACAACUCGCCCUCUGCACCCUACCAACAACCAUCAGUACAUUCUCCAUAUGUUCCUGCGGCGCCAGCAAUGGUCCUCGACCCUGCGGUCAGCACCCAGAUCCAGAAGCACUGCAAGUGGACUGUCUCUGCAUUGACCUACGACGAUAUCCCGACCGCCAUCGACAAUCUCGAAAAGGCCCUUGCCCUCCUCCGCUGUAUUUUUUUGUUUUCGACGAUCCGACAGUUGUCAUAA